AUGGUUUGUAUUCCAUGCAUCGUAAUACCGGUACUGUUAUGGAUACUACAUCGGCUUUUAUAUCCAGUCGUGUACUAUUUUAUUCCAAGAUUAAAACCCAUUCCAGAGCCGACAACAGAGAAAUCGAACUUAAUGAGACUGUCUGCGUUUGACGCUAGUGACCUUGGUGAAAAACUCGCCCACGUACUUGGGUCAAAAUAG